GAGGAAAGGGAUCUUACAAAAAAAACAUGGUGACUUUUGAGGAUCAUCUACCAAGGGUUGCUUCUUGGUUUGAUGACUGCUCACAAGAACAGCAGAAUCAAGUUUUAAAGCUAUUAUUUUCUAAAUGCAAGCCUUUGCAGAUUCGUAAGCUGUGUGCGGACCUAGAACCAUUGCUUGCUGUUGAUGUCACUGCCUGUCUUCCUCCAGAAUUGAUUGAUCGUAUAUUCAGCUAUCUGUCUGUUACGGACGUAUGUGAGGUUGCCAAGUGCAACGCUAGAUGGAGGGAAUGUGCAAAUAGCGAUAUACUCUGGUUUUAUCAUUGUCAGAGAAGAGGAUGGCUUCAUUACGGUACCAUCCAUGACCUUUGUCAGGAACGACCUUUUAGCCCUAACCAGAAGAACAUCGCUAACACCUCACCUACAUUCACGUUUGAUUCGAUCAUCAAUGGAGCAGGCAUCACAAGUGGAGGUGGUGAUCCAGGUAGAAGAAGUAGCCUCCAAUCAACUUGCAGAUGGAAGGAGAUCUACAUGAGGGCUUAUCAUUUAAGUCUGAACUGGGCCCUAGGAAGAUACAAGGUGAUACCAGCCCUGAGAGGUCACAGAGAGACAGUGACAUGUAUGGAUGCGGAAGGAAUCAUUUUAGUGAGCGGGAGUAGAGACAGAACAGUAAGAGUAUGGAAUGUAUGUACCUCAGAAUGCAUCAGUGUCAUAGAUGCUCACACUGGUGCUGUAACUUGCCUAAAACUGAAGAAUGGCUUGAUCGUGACAGGCUGUUCCGAUAAACUGCUUCGAGUGUUUGAGAUCGGAUCAGGAAGGUGCAUCAAAUCACUUGAAGGUCAUACAGGCUCAGUAGAUCACGUGUGCUUCCAAAAUGAAUCCAUUGUCAGUGCUUCAAGUGAUAGAUCUGUUAGAGUCUGGUCAUGGCCUGAUGGCUGCUGUAGACAAAUACUCAGAGGACACAGUGAUGAUAUACAGUAUUUAGAUGUUCACAGAGAGAAAGCUGUUACCACUGCCUGGGAUACUACGGUCAGAGUAUGGGACAUUCACAGAGGAAUCUGUCUUCAUGUUCUUCGUGGACAUUCAGAAGGUGUGAUGUGUUGUAAGUUUGAUGAUAAGAUCAUCGUCAGUGGUGGAGGAGAUGGUCUCAUCAAGAUAUGGGACACACAUGUAGGAGUCUGCACAAAGACACUUGAAGGUCAUACAGAUGAAGUGUAUUGCCUUGACUAUAACAGCAAUGUGAUAGCAUCAGGUUCAGCCGACAGUACAGUCAGGCUAUGGAAUUAUGAAGGUAUCUGUCUGAAUGUGAUGAAGGAACACAUAGGUGUUGUGCGCUGCUUGAGAUUGUCCAAUGAUAGACUGGUAACAGGAGGAGACAGAAAGAAGAUCGUUGUGUGGGAUGCUCAGGAUGGAAGACUCUUGAACGUUGUCCAUCGGAACCCCAGCUUGCUUCAUCUGAUGUGGACGAGUGAUACCAAGAUAAUGAUCGCAUCCCCUCAAGCUCCUGGAACUGUGACCAUCCUUAGCUACUGGUAGAUCAGUCACAGUGGUGUACCCAUCACAGAUUGAGGCCAGCAUACCCCCCUUCUUCCCCAUUGUGGAGGCAGAGCAACAAAUUCAAUACUAUAGCAGUUGGUCCUUGGGAAGAUGGAUUGGCCAAAUAACCAUGUCUGCAUAUGGAACUUUGGUAGACUGUGAAUUAACAUCAGUUAUUCAAACAAAGCCUGCUGAAUUUGAUUUAUGCGAGUGAUACAAAGAUUCUGAUGGCAUCCCAAGAAGUGCCAGGAACUGUCUUCAUCCUUAGCUAUUGGUAGACCAUGGAUCACCAUUGUUUAAUUGUAACCUAGCUUGUUUCAUAUCAUGUGGACUAGUAAUACAAUUUAAAUUAAAUGAAGUUCCAUGAACUAUCUAUCUACCAAUAACCAUCCAUGACAACUGGUAGAUGUUGAAAGUAUUACCUUCACAGAUAUUGAGUUUAAGUCGUAACUGAGAAAACGUUGAUCUAGUGACUGCUUUCCUGAACAAAGUAUCUCUAGAUACUAGGACAGCUGGGAUUGUAAGAAACGGCAUUAUUGGUCUUUGAUACUGUAAAUGAUUGUGGAAUGAUAGAGGUUUAUACCUUUUUUUAAUUGCUGUUUGAUGUUGGUGCUGUUUUACAUGUGUUUUUUUUAUGCUACAGUAUUUCUACAACUGUGUGUCAAGUAUCAUGUUCUUCCUUGUGAAGCUUCCUCUAUUUGCUUGCUGUGAAUAUUCACAAGAAAAUUUGAAGUGCAUUGCCAUUGAGAUGUGCUUCAUUACACUUUGUUCAGAUCAGAUAUAUAUAUGAAGACUUAAAUACCACAUUGAAAUAUAUUGUAAAUUCUG